CACUUCUAUGAAAUUGAUUCUUUGUAAAUUAGAGAUUUGACUCUUAUCUCAACUUUGUAAAAACUUCCAAAUAAACAUAAAAAUGAUGUUUUUAGAGUUGUUAAAAAAUGACCAAAUUCGAAAAAACGACUUGAAAUCAAACAUGAUCCAAUCUGAUUAACCUAAAAAAAAAAAUCACGCAAACCUAUCCUAAUAUCAACUUGAUACUCAAAUUAACCCAAUAGUUCAAGAUUCGAACUCAAACCAUACCCAACCCAAGAAGGACCCCUACACCCAACCCAAGAGCACCCCACACCAGAGGCAUAUCUUAGUUAGUUUAAAAACCUACAAGCUUGCGCUAACAUCACGCGGUUUUUGGCUUUCAUAUGUUAGUUGGUAGUUAAAAUAGUACAAGUAGCCAGCUAACCUUGCCCAAAACAAAACGUUGUGGUUCCCACGGUACAAAGCUUUGCACCCUCUUCGUUUACUAGGUCUUCUAAUUUUGUCCCCAUUACAAUCAAUUAAAAAUGUAUACAAAGCAAACAUCUUUCUAAUCCAUGAAAACUAAAACAUUAACAUUCAUCAAACUUGUAGUACAAUGAGGCACGUCCUAAUUCAUGUCAUUUUCUUCAUUCUUCACUUAGUUGCUCCCCACAACUUCUUUUCUCCCCACCUUCCUCCUCUACCUGCCAUCCACAAUUUUUUGCAAAGACUCCUCAAAAACCCAAAACAACAAAAAACCAAACCAAAACUUUUUCUUUUUUUUUGUCUUCUGGCUUUGGCCUUUUUUUGUUUUGGCUUACCCUCCAUGAGCACCACCACCAUCACCACCACCACGGCCGCCAUUACGGCCAUGUGACACCCUUAAUCCACCAUUACACCAUACAUUAUUUUUCCUCAAAAUAACCAAAAAUUUAGUACACUAUGAUCUUCAAAAGAGGACCGUCCUUCUCCUCGCUCCUCAUCAUUAUUUUUUCAACCCUCCUUAUUACUCCCACACCCACCACCAUUCAUGCUCAAACUUCUCCUGCUAGCGCGCCUUCUCCUUCUUCCUCACCCACUUCUCCAUCACCUAUAACAACAAAAUACACCUCCAAAGACACCAUCUUAAUCGCGUGUGGCGCUCAAGACGACGUCGCUCUACCCGAUGGACGGAUGUUUAAGUCCGAUCCAUCAACGGUUAGAUUUCUAAAUAGUGAUGAGGAUGUCAAAGUUAACGUUAAAACACUUCCUCCACCACCUAAAGACGAUGUUCCUUCGUCUCAUCUACCACCACCUCCAUCACUACCACUAUACAAUUCUGCUAGAAUCUUCCCUGAUGCAGCUACCUACAAGUUCCCUAUUUCUCAACAAGGGUUUCACUUCAUCCGUCUUUACUUCCUUCCUAUCCCUCACCCUUCCUACAACCUCUUAACCUCCGUUUUUCGUGUUACAGCUGAAAACUUUGUACUCCUACAUGACUUCACUCUCCCUACUCCUACACCAACCUUUAAAGAAUACCUCAUUAACCUCACUUCUGAUACACUCACCCUUAAAUUCUCACCUAAGAAAAACUCCUUCGCUUUCAUCAACGCCAUCGAGGUGAUCUCUGUUCCUCAUGACCUCAUUGCGGAUACUGCCUCAACGGUCCCAUCUACUGGGACCGUUGAGGGUGUAGCCCUCCAUGCGUUUGAGGUAGCCCUCCGACUUAACGUCGGUGGGCCACUCGUUACGCCUAGGAAUGACACAUUAUGGAGGACUUGGCAUCCGGAUGAGAAGUUUAAUGCUUUUCCUCAAGGAGCUACUAGGGUUGGGAUUGAUCCAGCGAAAGUUCAAUACCCUGAGGGUGGAGCUACCAUGUAUAUUGCUCCGCCAUGGGUGUAUGCUACGGCGGCUCAGAUGUCGGAUGCUGAUACUGUUAAUGCUAACUUCAAUCUUACAUGGAAGAUGCCUGUUGAUGACUCUUAUGAUUAUCUUGUUAGGCUACAUUUUUGUGACGUUGUGAGUACUGCUUUGAAUGAUUUAUACUUCAAUGUGUAUGUCAAUGGGAUGAUGGGUGCUUCUAGUUUCGACUUGUCUUCCCUCACUUCGGAUUUAUCUACCGCAUAUUACAGGGAUUUUGUGAUCAACUCCACAACCAUCACUAAUGGAUUGAUCGAGAUCCAGGUGGGGCCGCUCCCAAACAGCGACUCGAACGAGCCGAACGCAAUCCUCAAUGGGGUGGAGGUGAUCAAGAUGAGCAACUCCGCAGGCAGCCUAAACGGGUUGUUUGAUGUCGAAGGAAACUACAUGGGUGCAGCCACGGGAUCCAAGACAAUGAAGACCUUGGCUGUGGCAGGGUUAGUGAUGGGAAUGGUGGCUUUGCUACUAGUCAUAGUCAUGUUUGUAAGGUGGCAAAAGCGGCCUCGAGACUGUGAGAGAAGUAACAGCUUCUCAUCUUGGCUUCUUCCCCUCACAUCUAGCCACACAAGCUUCCUCUCAAGCAAAAGCUCGAUGACUACACCGUCUAAGAGAAGCUCGUUGUUUGGCUCUCGUAAGAGCAACAUGUUUUCCUCCACAAACCAAGGAGUUGGGAGGUUUUUCAGCUUUAAUGAGCUUCAAGAUGCUUGUAACAAUUUCGACGAAAAUGUUGUCAUUGGAGUUGGUGGUUUCGGGAAGGUUUACAUGGGUCAAUUAGACGAUGGGACUAAAGUUGCUAUUAAGCGAGGUAACCCACAAUCUGAGCAAGGGAUCAAUGAGUUUCAAACCGAAAUUCAGAUGCUCUCUCAGCUUAGACAUAGGCACCUUGUGUCCCUCAUUGGUUAUUGUGAUGAGAACGCAGAGAUGUGUUUAGUGUAUGAAUUUAUGUCGAAUGGAGUGCUUCGAGAGCACUUAUAUGGAUCCAAGCUCAACAUCCCCUUGUCAUGGAAGCAGAGGCUUGAGAUUUGUAUUGGAUCGGCUCGUGGACUACACUACCUACACACGGGUGCAGCUCAUUGUAUUAUCCAUCGAGAUGUGAAGACAACGAACAUACUUCUUGAUGAGAAUUUAGUGGCUAAAGUGAGUGAUUUUGGGCUAUCUAAAGCCGCUUGCCUAAUGGAGCAAACUCAUGUGAGUACAGCCGUAAAGGGUAGUUUUGGUUAUCUUGAUCCAGAGUAUUUCCGUAGACAACAACUUACCGAGAAGUCAGAUGUAUACUCGUUUGGGGUUGUCCUUCUUGAAGUCCUGACCGCGCGCCCUGCUAUAAACCCGGCCUUGCCAAGGGACCAGGUGAACUUGGCUGAGUGGGGUAUGUCAAACUACAGAAAAGGGAAUCUUGAGAAGAUAGUAGAUCCCAAUUUGCAAGGAACAAUUUCCUCUGGUUCAUUGAAGAAGUAUGUUGAAGCAGCUGAGAAAUGCUUGGCUGAGUAUGGUGUUGAUAGGCCAUCAAUGGGAGAUGUGUUGUGGAACUUGGAGUACGCUUUGCAACUACAAGAAGCGAGCUCGAAAAUCGAUGUAGCUGAGGAAAAGAGCUCGUUGUUGAUCCCCUUAGAGACGGCUCCAAUCAUGGGUAUAGAUGGAGUACUACAAGAUAGUAGUGCUCCAACUAGUGAUGAUCAUACUGAAGUUGCUGCUUCUGCAUUCUCACAAAUAGGCAAUUUUCAAGGGAGGUGAAAUCUAUGACAUUUUAUAUACUAAAGAACAAGGGAUACAUGAAAUUUAGGUUGAUUGAAAAAUGAAAUUAAAUACUUCUUUUUUUGAUAUUACAAGCUCGGCCUGGCCAUAGCUUUGCAACAAAAUUGUGUAGUGUGGAACAUUAUAAUUCGUUUGUUCUUUUCUUUUUUUAUUGGAAGGUUUUCCAAAUUUUAUUGGAAUAUUAUGUUAAUAA